AUGAUUGAUGCAAUCGAGCAAGGAGACGUCGCCUGGAGCAGUUUUUCGGUCACCUACAACGGCCAACUACCCGAUACAUCUUCUGGGGCUACAGUACCACCUUGGAUGAUGCAGAAGUUUGAGGUCUGGUUCCGCGAUCCACUUGCCGUGCUGGAGAAUCAGAUUGGUAAUCCGGAUUUCAAGGCGCAAUUUGAUUAUGCUCCGAAAUGUGUCUUUCGGCGGGGUAAACAACGGUUUCGAGAUCUCAUGUCAGGGAACUGGGCAUGGAAACAAGCGGAUGAGAUUGCAAAGGAGAUACGCACUCAUGGAGCCAUGUUUGUACCAGCUAUCCUUGGUAGCGACAAAACAACGGUGUCAGUUGCAACGGGCCAAAACGAAUUCUAUCUGUUAUACACAUCGAUUGGAAAUGUUCAUAACUCUGUGCAAUGCGCUCACCGCAGCGCUGUUUCCCUUCUAGCUUUCCUCUCCAUCCCGAAAACUUCCAAGGAUUAUGCGGAUGAUGUGAACUUCCGCAAAUUCCGCCAGCAGCUGUUUCAUACGUCACUUGACCAUGUCCUGGCAUCUUUACGCCUACACAUGACCACUCCUCGCGUUACCAGGGCAUAUCAAGUUCUGAACAUUGCUGGGAAUCCUGCAGGAAUGGGAUCAUUCCAGUGGAAUUCCAGAGGAAUUCCAGAGGAAUCCAGAGGAAUCCAGAGGAAUUCCAGUGGAAUCCACAGCAUUCCACUGGAAUUCCACUGGAAUAGGACUGGAAUCAAGCAGAUUUAUCUUAAAGGGAGGGGGUAG